AAUCAAUUCGGUGUUUGACAUGAAAUUCAAUUGAAAUCACAUUUAAUUAGAAAUAGUUUUACAAUUAGUUUAUAUAUAUUAACACCAAUUGAGUGGUCAGUGCUUUACUCUUGUGAUAAUGUCUCACAUCAAUGAGAUGUCUUUAGUCUGCAUCGAGUCCUACGACAUAUGGAUCCAUAGACUGCUCCAGAAGUUAGGGCUCAUAGAGAGUGAUGACCCGUCGGGUGGUGUCGUGGACUACACCGUCGACGACCACUUGAGCGAAGAGUAUCUGCUGGGACUGGACCCGAAGGACUGGAAGAAUCAGGACCACUACCGGAUCUUCAAUAUCCACAACCGAUUCUAUGCCACCGCCGAUGACGUGAAAAAGCAAUAUCGUCUGAAAGUGCUUCGACACCAUCCGGAUAAGAGGACGUCCGCCACGGGUCUGCCCAUUGAUCUCGACCUCGACUACUAUUCCUGUAUCACUAGAGCGUACGAAAUAUUAGGCGAUCCCAUCAAAAGGAGAUCCUAUGAUAGUAUUGACCACACAUUUGAUGACGAAAUUCCAUCCAUUAAUGCCUCAAAUAAAUCCAAUUUUUAUCGAGUGUUUCGUCCCGUCUUUAAACUAAACGCGAGAUGGUCUAACAGACAACCGGUGCCUGAGUUGGGAAACGAGCGCUCAGACGUUUCAUACGUGAAUAAGUUCUACAACUUCUGGUAUGACUUCGACUCGUGGCGGGAGUACUCGUGGUUGGACGAGGAGGAGAAGGAAAAGGGAGAGAAUCGGGAGGAGAGGCGAUGGAUGGAGAAGCAGAACAAAGCCGCGAGGGCUCAGCGCAAGAAGGAGGAGAUGCAACGCAUGCGACAACUCGUGGACAACGCCUACCAAUGCGACCCUCGGAUCGCACGAUUCAAAGAGGAGGAGAAGCAGAAAAAGUUGUCCCAAAAGUUGGCGAAACAACAGUCCAUUCGUGAGAAACAGUUAGAAGAGGAGCGACUGAAACGAGAGGCCGAAGAGAAGCAAAGGUUAGAGAAAUUGGAAAAAGAGAAUGAAUUGAAGGCUAAGAAGAAUGAGGAGAAGAAACAGAAAGAGUUUGUGAAGAAACAGAUCCGAAAAGAGCGCAAACUAUUGGAGACUAUGUUUGAAACAUACGAUUAUUUCGCCAAAAAUGAGUCCAAAAGAAUUGAUAAUUUGAAAGAAUUCGACAAAAUUAUCAAAAUCUAUAGUUUAGAAGAAUUGCAAACAUUUCGAGAAGAGUUCUCGCGAUUAGAGAGCGAAGACUCGAAACGAGACUUUUUCCUCAAGAAAAUCGAUGAUUUGAACUCAAAGUUAGAUUCGGAGCGCAUCGGCCUCUCGUCGGCCAAUAACUCAACCAAUGGUCAGACGAAUAACAUUUCAUCCAAAAAGAACUGGAGUUACGAUGACAUCCAACUGCUGAUCAAAGCUAUUAAACUAUUUCCUGCGGGAACUCCAGACCGAUGGGCAGUGAUUGCGAAGUGGGUUAACGAUAAAUCCACGUCUGGAGUGGUUAGAAACCAUAGGGACGUCAUCGCCAAAGCUAAGGAUUUACAGAAUAACGAUCAGUCGCAAUCGCUUAAAGAAGAGGCCAAUAAGAAUGCUUACAAAAAACUGGACGAUUCGCACGCAAACAAGACAACAGCGCCGGUAGUCUCGGAUACAUCGACUCCGAGUCAGAGGUUUGACGCGCCGCGCACUUUGGUUGACCUGAACGCCAACCCCUGGAAUAACGAGGAACAGCAGCUCUUAGAGCAGGCGAUGAAGACAUACCCGACAUCACUGGGCAUCGAGAGAUGGGAUCUGAUUUCUACAUGCAUACCAAACCGAUCGCGAACUGAUUGUAUCGCAAGAUAUAAAUAUUUAGUAGAUUUGGUCAAAUCCAAGAGAGACGCCAAGACUGCUAUUCACACGAAUAAGAAAUGA